AUGGAGAAAGACAGCCACGCGUUUCGCACAGAAACGCCAACCACUGAGAGAGGUCCCUUUGACGAUGACAGAAUCACUUCAGCAGCACCGUCCAUGAGGACUGGACCAACCAACCCUUUUGCAUCACCGUCGAUUUCGAGACCGGCAUCGAGCUACAACUCUAGCGGACUCGGCCAAGCAGCCGUAGAUCGCGGGCAGAGAUAUUUUCACUCCCGAAGAGUCAAGAAGGGCGAGGUGGAGAAGCCGUGGCUUGAGAAGAAAGAUCCCAAGGAGAAAUGGGUCACCAUUCUCCCAGUGGUGGGCAUUUUCAUUGGACUCUGCGUAUCUGGCAUCCUGAUUUGGGAUGGUCUGCGCAGUGUUGUCAAGCACAACUACUGCCUUGUCCUGCAAGAGGAUUGGUCCGGUGGCUUCGAUACCAAGGUGUGGACAAAGGAGGUUCAAGUAGGCGGAUUUGGCAAUGGCGAGUUUGAACAAACCACGGGCGACGAGGAGAACGUCUACAUCGAGAAUGGCAAUCUUGUCAUCAAGCCUACACUUCAGGACUCUGCCCUGAUCGACAAGGAUUCCGUCAUCGAUCUGCUCAAAGACGGCACUUGCACUUCAACUACCGUUUCCGACUGUUAUGCCGUUACGAACACCACCACCGGAAAUGCUACCAUUGUGCCACCAACCAAGUCGGGUCGCAUCAACACCAAGGCUGGCGCUACUAUCAAGUACGGCCGAGUCGAGGUCACUGCCAAGCUGCCCCAGGGUGACUGGCUUUGGCCCGCCAUCUGGAUGAUGCCUGUCGACGAUACCUAUGGCGUUUGGCCCCGAUCCGGAGAGAUUGACAUCAUGGAGUCCCGCGGCAACAACCACACGUACGCGCAGGGCGGAAACAACAUCAUCUCCUCGGCGCUGCACUGGGGUCCCAACCAGGCCAACGACGGCUGGUGGCGGACAAACGUGAAGCGGCCCGCUCUGCACACGACCUACUCGUCGGGCUUCAACACGUUUGGCCUCGAGUGGUCGGAAAAAUACCUCUUCACCUAUGUCAACUCGCGCCUGCUCCAGGUUCUCUACACCAACUUUGACGAGAGCCUCUGGGACCGCGGCAACUUCCCCACGUCGGACAGCAACGGCACCCGCAUAGACAACCCCUGGGCCAGCAGCGCCGACGAGAGCGCCCCCUUUGACCAAAAGUUCUACCUCAUCCUCAACGUUGCCGUGGGCGGCACCAACGGCUGGUUUGAGGACGGCGCCAGCGGCAAGCCCUGGCUCGACGCCAGCGUCAAUGCCAAGAAGGACUUUUGGAAUGCCCAGGACACCUGGUUCCCCACCUGGACGUCUCCCUCGAUGGAGGUGAGCAAGGUCAUGAUGUGGCAGCAGUGCGAUGGUGGUGAAUUGUAA